ACUUACAGUGACAGUAAAAAAACUUAAUAGUCAAAGUGCAUAACAUAAUUUACAUUACACAAUUAAACUUUUCGAAUAUUCUAAAUAGUAAGCUGUUGCUUCAAAAUUAGUAGUCAAAUCAGUUUUAUCACAUUGGGUUUAGGUUGCUUGCUACAGCAAUCAUGUCGAAGGCAGCAGGAAGAUUAAAAACACUUAAAAAAGUGGUAGAUAAAGUCGAUCAUAGUAGUAAACUGCGAACCAACAUCCCGGCCGGCAUGGCUGUAGCUGGUCCACCUUUGGGACCUAUGCUGGGUCAACGAGGAAUCAACAUAGCAGCAUUUUGCAAAGAUUUCAAUGAGCGUACAAAAGAUUAUAAGGAAGGAAUUCCAUUGCCUUGUCGAGUGGCAGUCACUUCGGACCGUUCCUAUGAAUUAACUAUUCAUGCUCCUCCUGCAACUUUUCUACUCAAACAAGCGGCUGGCAUCCAGCGAGCAGCAAUGUGUCCGGGUAGGGAGGUUGCUGGUAAAAUCACACGAAAACAUCUUUACGAAAUUGCCCAAAUCAAAUUAAGAGACCCACCGAAUGCCCUGCUUACAUUGCAACAAAUGUGCAAUGCCCUUAUCGGAGUGGCACGUACAUGUGGAAUUGAAAUUGUGAACGAACUCGACUCCGCCGAAUAUCAGCAGUUUCUUGAAGAGCGAAAGCAAAUUGUGGAGGAGCAGCGAAGAGAAUUGCAAGAAAAAAGGGAAGCAAAAAUGCUUCGAAUGGGUUGAUUGCUUAUUCAAGUAAUAUAGAUAAAAGAAACCGUUUAAAUAGAAACUUUUAGCAGAAAUU